AUGCCUAAUGCUUCCUCCAUUGCCGUCGCCAACCCAGCUUCUAAUCCCCGGUCCAGCUUCCCCCGCAACCCACUAGGCGCGAAGUUCUCUGAGGAUUUCACCGCCGAGUACAACGAGUCGAUCGCACUCGCCGUUCACCCUCCAAUUGUUGCGCGCGCCCAAGGGCCGCUAGGACCACGUAACGUCCUCUUCCUCGAGAGCCGCAGGGAGGCCCGCAACCGUUCCUGGGCGCCACCGCGUCCACCAUCGCCGUUUACCCGUCGGCUGGGACAGACGGAGAGAGAGGCUGCCGAGCGGACCGCUACGCGGUACGCAACCGUGCACGAUAGUGCUCUUUACCCGGUGUAUCGGGGCUACGAGGGCAGGGAGUUCCUCCUCACUCUCGUCGAAUGGAUUCAGCAGUUGGAGAGGCUACGGGCCGGCUAUCGAGGCCACUUGUUCUGUCUGUUCAACUGGAUCCAGCGGACCCAGCUGUGCCAGUACCGCAAGCUGGUGAGGCGGAUGGGCAGACUCGUGGGCAGACUCCAAGAGCUGGAGGUGCGGAUGAAGGCAGUGCCCUUCGAGGACGGACUGCCUAGUGAGUAUCGCUGGUUGGAGCGCGUUCUGGGCGAUUGGAUUCGGAGAGUGACUGGGCAGUACGAGCGGAUGACGAUGAAAGAUGCCCAGUGUCAUCGGUCGUUGGCCUGGAGGAGGGACCUCAUGAAAUCCAUGGGCGACGAGGUGAUGGAUCUCGCGUUUGAGCUGAAGGACGACGUACAAAAGCGUGUGGAGGGCAUUCUGGAGGUCUUGGAGGAAGGAUAG